AUGACAUCACGAGUCAUCCUACCUUUUUUAGGAGCUACGGAAGAAAUACGACAGUCACUUCAAAAUCCACAUGACUUAGCUUUACGAGAUCUGACCAUGAGUGUUGUAGAGGAUUUCGUCGCGCGGAUACGAUGCUAUUUCGAACUUUCUCUCCGAAUAGAGAAGCUUGUCCCAGAGUUACUAUGGGAUCUUUGCUCUGGUCCUCUUCCUCCUGAGGAGCAGCUCGAUCGGAAGCAGUCACUCGUACGUCAACUUGCGCGACUGGUCGAUUUUGUCUUAGAUUUCGACGCCGCUAAGAUGUGCACACCCGCACUUCAGAACGAUUUUAGCCAUUACCGUCGAGGUAUUGGUCUGGGUUUGCUAAGCACAAGCGCAUCCGACGUUGAACUGGCAAAUUCAAUUUCUUUAUUUCUUGCUGCUCCGACCCCAAUGCUGUCGAGUUUGAGUUCUGCUACCCUCGAGUUUGUUCGCUCACAUCCAACACUUCCCAUCGGAAAUACUACAGACACAUUAGCGACUAUCGUCAAUGUAUGUCGUUAUAUGGUGGAGUCACCCGAUGUGAAAUCUCGUGUGACAGAAACAACACGACUAUUUUGCGUGCGAGUAAUGGUCGGCUGUCUCAUUCUUUACGACCAUAUAGACGAAAAUGGGGCUUUUGUACGAGAAUCACCCAUUAAUCUCCGCGCAGUAGUCAACGUUGUCAAGGAACAAACACAACCGCCGCAGGUUUGCUUUUGUUUUCGUCAUUUUUGGAAGAAAGAGAGAUGGGCGAGAAAGGGAGUAGUCUUUAGGCACUGGCAAAAUUAAUG